GCCAAGACGGAUCUUCUUCACGUUUGGUACGAUAUGCGAGCGAAGUGAACAGCACUGAUAAUAUUCCAGAUGCCUUUUUCACAGACCAAUUUGAAAUUCAUUUUGGUGGUUGUGGAGGUUUCCAAAUUUCUACCGAUUUCCCAGAUGUAGCUGGCGUCACCAUUGGCCUAAAAUUCAUUAUAUGCGAAACACCGGAGGUUAUUGCUUAUGGUAGCAUGUCUUGUUCUGGAAUCGGUGAAGGAGAUACGGUAACUUACAGCUGCAACGCAGGUUACAUCAUCUCGAGCGGUUCCGUCACCCGUGAAUGUAUCAACAGCCAGUGGUCUGGAAUCCAGCCUACUUGCGCAGAGAUUGUGGUGGUUUGCCAUCCAAACAACAGCAUCGAUGUAUUCAAUCUUCACGCGGAUUAUUACUUCAAUGCAAUACAGAAUGUAACAAACGGUGGACCUAUUGAAAAGUGUAGUAUUUCAGACAUCAACUCUACCGCUGUGACAAUCACUGGUUGCCUUAAAGAUUUCCCAAUCUUAUUCACCAUUGGGCCCUACAAUGGAAUUGAAUUGUACACACUACACGGAGGAAAAGAUGUGGUUAUUGUACAGAUAUUAUGCAACGAAAUACCAGGGAGCUGCAAAGUGCAUUUCAUAGAUAAUACUUACAAUGUCGGUUUGGGAGUCGCUGAACAUAAAGGCAUUACUGUAACACCUGGAGUGACAUCUGUUUUGAAUCCAACGUCUGCCGUAGUUGGUGACCCAGUCGCUUGGACCACCAGUAUUCCGAGCGAAUAUAUCCUGGAAGUAACUAGCUGUGAAGGUUAUCCUGGAAUUGAUGCAUUGUCUAAUGUUUCAAUCAGUUUAAUUAGCAGUGGAGGGUGCAAUGCUACAAGUCAUCUGAUCACGCAUUUUUCAGACGCCUACGACGGUACAGUCACUGCGACACUUUCAGCGUUCAAGUUUUACAACUAUGACAACGUUUUCUUGUAUGUGACGUGAAAGUUUGUCCAUCUACGUCAAUUAGUUGUGAUACGACAUGCAGCAGAGCAAAAAGGAGCGCCAAACAGACUGGAACAACUAACGACAAUGACGCUGAAGAGACACGUAUGGCCACCGUGCACAAUGUGCUAAAGGUUAUUGACCCAUACUCGGACGCAUGUAUUCCAGUUGCUCGAGUCAGUACGAGCCUAGUAUUGGCCUUGGCAUUCAUACACUGUUUCUUUUAAUGACGCAGGGAGGGUUUUUCUUAUUUUGAUGACGCAUGGAAGGGUUUUCCGAUGAGUCGCAGGAACGACAGUCUAUUACACGGACAAAAUAAUGAUAAUUUUAUUUUUUGUUUUUGUUUUUAUUUUCAUGUUAAAAUGCGUAUCUGGGUUCUGAUUAAAGAAUAAGUACAGAAAGACAGUCUAACACAUGGAAAAAAAUGAUUUUUUGUUUCGUUUUUGUUUUUAUUUCUUUUAUAUUUUCAUGUUAAAAUGCGUUGUUGGGACAAAAAGAUUUUUUUUUUUUUUUUUUUUUUUUUAUUUGUUUUGUUUUAAUGUUAAAAUGCGUAGUUGGAUCCUGAAUAAAGGAAGAAUAAGUAUAGAAAGACAGUCUAACGCAUGGACAGAAACGAUAUUUUUUUGUUUUGUUUUAGUUUUUAUUUGUUUUUUAUUUUCAUUUUAAAAUGCGUUGUUGGGUUCUGAAUAAAGGAAGAAUAUGUACAUGCUUAGUUUCUGUUCAUUGUUUAGAGCUAUGUUUUCUAUGUUUUAUCAAGUUAAGAAAUAGUAUAUCCCAAGCAGUGAUUUGUUGUUGAAUAAAAAUUGUUUGGAGUACAGAUGCAUAGCCCGUGUGAUACAUUAAUGAAUACGCAUCUGACGACAAAAUGAUUUUAUUCAAGAGUAAAUCGCUGUUCGAGAUAUGCAAUGUAUAACAAUGACUCUAACACGUUAAUCCAUGCCCGGCCCCCAACAAG